AUGACUUCUGACACCACCAGCGCCCUUAACUAUUUCGUUGCUCCAGUUGACGGCUCGAGGGCUUACAAUAGAAUCUACGCAGAUAGCACCACGACAAAGCCGCCUCGCAACUGGACCCAGGAGCCGCAUGACAUCCAAAUUGAGGACGUGCGCGGGAAGGAGGAACUUUACAAGCUUGACAAUGCAGGAUUUCAGUAUGGGCGAGAAGCAGCGAAGCAUACUAGCUUCUUGAAUGAUGGUGAGGUUGAGCGAGAAUACUACCCUGAGAGCAUCGACCUCAUCAAGAGGGUGACGGGAGCGUCUAGCAUUGUCAUUUUCGAUCACACUAUUCGUCGCCGUCGCGCAGGCGAAGUGGGUGAUAACCCACAGAAACGUCAACCAGUCUCCACGGUUCAUGUGGACCAAACGACUGCAUCAUCCAUUGCUCGUGUUCACAGGCACCUCCCGCCAACAGAAGCUCCUUCUCUCCUUCGCAAACGCUUCCAAAUCAUAAACCUUUGGCGUCCUAUAUCGCAUGCAGCUGUUGAUUGGCCGCUUGCACUGUGCGACUUCCGCAGUGUCGAUGUAGAGAAAGACUUGGCGCCCGUCGCUCUUUUAUACCCUGACCGGGAGGGUGAGACAUUUGGGGUCAAAUACAACACAAAGCACCAGUGGAAAUACCUGAAGGCGAUGACCCCGGAGGAGUUUGUUCUUAUCAAAUGUUUUGAUUCGAUACAAGAUGGCAGUGUGGCGAGGUUGACCCCUCAUACUGGCUUCCAAGACUCAAACACUCCAGAGGGAACACCACCUCGGGAAUCCAUCGAGCUGAGAGCUCUGGUAUUCUAUGAUUAG